GAGAAACCACAAGAUAACGUCUUGACUGAGGCCCUCUCUUGGAUUCCGGACAGGACAAGAAAUGUCAGAUGAUGAAGAUGGACCUAGCAUGUUCCAAGACCAGUUGGCGAAGAAGGUCCGGCCCUUCAUUGAAUUAAUAGACUACCUGAGAUCCAUUGGGAUAGAGAAAGAGCUGCCCCUGCCAUCCAUUGCUGUGGUUGGAGACCAGAGUUCAGGAAAGAGCUCUGUGCUUGAGGCCCUAUCUGGGGUGGCACUGCCCAGAGGGAAUGGUAUCGUCACCAGGUGUCCACUGGAACUCAGACUCUGUUAUGUCAGCGGAGUGGUGUGGAAGGCUGUCAUCUCAUACAAAAACAAAACUUUUGAAUUUGAUGACCGAGAAGAAGUCGCGAGGCACGUUGAGCAAGCUCAGAACGAGUUAGCUGGAAGGGGUGUGGGGAUAUGUGAAGAUCUGAUCACUCUCAAAAUCAAGUCUUCCACGGUGUGUGAUCUCAGGCUGAUCGACUUGCCUGGGAUCGCCAGGGUACCAGUACCAGGACAACCAGAGGACAUUGAAGCCCAAAUCAAAAGUCUAAUCAUGAAAUACAUUUCGAAAAAGAAAACCAUUAACUUAGUGGUAAUACCAUGUUAUAAUGACAUAGCAACGACAGAAGCCCUGAAAAUGGUGCAAAAAGUGGAUCCUGAAGGAACGAGAACUCUGGCCAUUCUGACGAAGCCAGACCUGAUAGACAAGGGGACGGAGAAGGACGUGUUGGAAAUUGUCCGCAAUAAAACCCUUCCUCUGAAUAUGGGCUACGUCAUUGUGAAAUGUCGUGGUCAGAAGCAGAUUGAUGAUAAAAUGUCCAUAGCUCAGGCACUUGAAGAGGAGUUGGACUUCUUUCAAGAUCACGAGCACUUCAAAUCCCUCCUGCUUGAGGAAAGGGCAACCACCAAGCACCUAGCCACAAAGCUAACCUAUACCCUGGUCAACCACAUCAAAAAAUCCCUACCAGAUAUGUCCAAUCAGAUUAAAAAGCAGCUGUGGAACGUGAGGAAGGCGUUGGUAGAGUGUGAGGGUGGGCCUCCGUCAGACCUGGCAGAAAGGAAGGAGUUCCUCAUUGGCAUCAUAACAGAGUUCAAUGAGAAGAUUACUCGUCUGUCCACCGGGGAUAAUACUGUCGAGGAAAAUAUAUUUGUCCUCAUGCGAAGUGAAUUUGCAGAUUGGAUGAAAAGUCUUCAAAACGCCAAGCCAACUUACCACGAAGUAGUGCAACAAGUGGUGGAUGAAUAUGAUCUGAAGCACAGGGGAAGUGAGCUGCCAGGAUUCACUAACUACAUGGUAUUUAAACGCGUUGUUCAAAGACUAGUGGCUAAACUUAGGGAACCAGCUAUGAUGACACUCCAGAAAAUCAGAGAAAUGGUGCAUACACAAUUUGUUAAUUUGUCCAAAGUCAGCUUCGAGAAUUUUCCUUAUCUUCAGCACGUCUCAAUGAAAAACAUUGAAAACAUCCAGGAAUGGCAGUCAAACAUAGUGAUGAAGAGGAUCGAGGAGCAGUUUCAAAUGGAGAUGCAGGUCUACACACAGGAUGAGAUCUUCUUUGAAACAUUGAAUCCUGAGGAGGAAACCCCAGACUGCUCCGGUUACGACACCAGGAACAAAUACCCUGAGCUGCUCAAGGCAUACUAUGAGAUCGUGGUGCAGCGACUGGCGGACCAGGUGCCCAUGCUGAUCCGUUACUUCAUCCUGAAGGAGUCAGCCAGGAUCCUUUGCAGUAAAAUGUUGGGCCUGCUGAACAGCGAUGACUUGGACGAGAUGCUGACGGAGGAAUCAGAGAUUGGCCGAAGAAGAUCAGCCUUACGGUCCCGUGUGGAGCGUCUUGGACUGGCCAAUGACAAGAUCAGUAGCCUAUGAGAACAGAGUGGGUUUUUGACAAUGCCAAAAAUCGGAGAUUUUGUCACAAAAUAUUAGUUUAAGUAUAAUCUGAUUCAAUUUUACACACAUGUUUUGAUGUCAUUCCUAUUUUACAAAUGGUCUACAGACAGGCAAAAUACACUGUUUUAUUUGAAGAGGCAGUAAUGGCCUAAUGCAAUGUCUUUAAAUAAUAAUAAUAAUGAUGAUGAUGAUGAUGAUGAUGAUGAUGAUGAUGAUGAUGAUGAUGACGACGAAGCUAUAUCUUGUCUAUUCCUAUUCAACAGAAAUGUGAGUAAAAUGAUUCCCUAGUCUCAAAAUGUUUCCAGAUCAAAAACUCAUGAAUUGUGAAUAAUAACCUCAUUAAAAAAGGUAGGGGCAGCUUCA